CUUGCUACUCUUGUUAUGACUGUAAGGUCCUGUUUCAAUCACUGGCGUCAGACGGACGCACGACACCAACUCAAAACCUUUUCAACCUUCUCCCAACAACGUCAAUAUUGAUUGAAAAGCGAGGACGUGACAAGCAACUUUAUGGGAGUUUUAAUUUGAAAGUGCUUCACGGGAUUUAAAAGAAUAUCCCUUCGUCGUGUCACUUUGAGGGUCCGACGGAUUUUUCUCUCUCGCAUAUACCACGACUGGGAGAUAAAUCUUUUUCCUCUAUUAUAUUUGCUGGCUCGUAAAAGAGACCCGCCUAUGACCUUCACGUCUUACAUUAUUGCUACAUUUGCCGGAUCCACGAUUACUUGAUACAAUUACAAAGUCCAACUUCGACCUUUUUUCCUUUUUUUCUUCUUCUUCUUUGAAUGCGUUGCAAAUAUGAUGAUGUCACCGACGCCACUUUUUCCUGAAGUUAUGGCGGAGCACAACUUUUCUAACUUCUCUUGACCAUUGAGUUCACUUGGCUUUACUAAUGGAGCACCUUCAGGGAGCGUGGAAGACCCUCAGCAACGGCUUCGGUAUGAAGGACUCCGCGUUCGAGGGCCCGUGCCUUUCCCCGACCAUGGUCCAGGGCUUUCCCUACCAGCGUCGCUCCUCAGAUGACAGCAAGAUGCCAGACUCCAAGACUAGCAGCACUAUCCGCGUCUACCUCCCAAACCAGCAGCGCACGGUGGUAAACGUGCGACCAGGUAUGACUCUGUACAGUUGCCUGAUUAAAGCAUUAAAGGUGCGAGGUCUGCAGCCUCAGUGCUGCGCGGUCUUCAGGCUGCAUCCAGGACAGAGAAGUAAAAAAUUUCGGAUGGAUUGGAACACUGACUCCUCCUCCCUGAUCGGAGAAGAGCUCCUGGUGGAGGUUUUAGACCACGUUCCCUUGACAACGCAUAAUUUUGUUCGGAAAACAUAUCUGAAACUAGCGUUCUGCGAUAUUUGCCAGAAGUUUCUUUUGAAUGGUUUCCGUUGCCAAACAUGCGGCUACAAAUUCCAUGAGCAUUGUAGCACCAAAGUGCCUACGAUGUGUGUGGACUGGAGCAACAUCAGACAACUCCUGCUGUGUCCGACACCUGGUGAGAGCGGUGCCCCGUCACUGCCCUCACUCACGUCCCGGCGAAUGAGAGAAUCCUUAACACGGUUUCCGAGUUUAAACCACCGAUAUUCCACCCCUCAUGCCUUCAACUACACCACGCCUUACACGCCCACAGGCGGCUGGCUCUCCCAGAGGCAGCGCUCCACUUCCACGCCCAACGUCCACAUGGUUAGCACUACCAUGCCUGUAGACUGCAGCAUGAUUGAGCUAGACUGCCUGAAUACGUCCCCCAGCUCCUGGUGCCAUAGAUUCUGGCUGAAGAGGAAAGUAGGUAUUGUGCACUUCUCCCAGUCUUUUGUUGAGGCCUCAUCCGAGAGUCCAGAAAAGGACGCCAUGCGUGAUCAUGACUCGUCGGGGAGUUCCCCUAGCCAGAGCCCUACAGGAUGGUCCCAGCCGCAGUCCAAAGCCCCGGCACCGAACCAGCGAGAGAGGGCACCGUCCUUCAACACUCAGGAGAAACACAAAAUUAGGCCACGGGACAAACGGGACUCGAGUUACUACUGGGAGAUCGAGGCCAGUGAGGUUUAUCUGAACUCUCGCAUCGGUUCAGGCUCAUUUGGAACUGUGUACAAAGGGAAAUGGCAUGGUGAUGUAGCGGUGAAGAUUUUAAAGGUGACUGACCCUACACCAGAGCAGUUCCAGGCGUUCAGAAAUGAAGUGGCAGUCCUGAGGAAAACACGACAUGUCAACAUCCUGUUGUUCAUGGGCUACAUGACGAAAGACAACCUGGCCAUUGUGACCCAGUGGUGUGAAGGCAGCAGCCUCUACAAACACAUUCACGUCCUGGAGACAAACUUCAAGAUAAUCCAGCUCAUAGACAUCGCCAGGCAGACGGCUCAGGGCAUGGACUAUCUGCACGCAAAGAACAUCAUCCACCGCGACAUGAAGUCCAACAACAUCUUCUUGCAUGAAGGGCUAACGGUGAAAAUUGGGGACUUUGGUCUGGCAACGGUGAAGGCCAGAUGGAGCGGCUCUCAUCAGGUGGAGCAGCCGUCUGGAUCCAUUCUCUGGAUGGCUCCAGAGGUUAUCCGGAUGCAGGAUAACAACCCCUACAGCUUCCAGUCAGAUGUCUAUUCCUAUGGAAUUGUUCUCUUUGAGCUCAUGACGGGAGAGCUUCCUUACUCCCUGAUAGCAACUAGAGAUCAGAUUAUUUUCAUGGUGGGAAGAGGCUAUUUGUCCCCAGACCUCAGCAAGCUCUACAAGAACUGCCCCAAAGCCAUGAAAAGGUUGGUGGUCGACUGCAUCAAGAAGUCCAAGGACGAGAGGCCGCUCUUCCCGCAGAUCUUGUCCUCCAUUGAGCUUCUCCAGCAUGCCCUACCUAAGAUAAACCGCAGUGCCUCAGAACCGUCCCUGCACAGAGCCUCUCACACUGAGGAUAUCAAUGCCUGUACUCUGACCUCCACCAGACUGCCUGAUUUCUAGAGGCUCAGACAGCACUGUCCCUGCUCCCCCCCCUCCUUACACUUCUCCCUCCUCCUUUUUAAAUUUUUCCAAAAUAGUCCAAAUGCUCAGUACGCCCAAAUGCUCUACAUACAGAUGCAAAUGUAGACCUUAACCUGUACAUACAAUCAUACAUAAACCCAGUCUAAUCAAUCGAUUAUGUAAGGAAGAGAGGAGAGGGGGGGAAAGUUCAUCUGACGAUAGAAGGGAGUGAAUGAUGAUGGAUUGCAGUGGGAUGUACACACAUUGAGGUGGUGCCUUGUUUAUCACUGCACGUAUUAAGAAGUAUGCAGAGGCUCCACGGUGGCAAUGCAUUUGGUCAAAUUUGUAAAUACAUGCACGCACAGCUACCUAAGACGACAAUAAAUGGACACUGAAGGAAGCUCAAGAGACAGACACAUGUGUCUCUCUUGAUUUGGGUUCUGUGAUGUGACGCACACCCUUCUAUCUUGGCCGCACUGGUUUCUGAUGAAGAGGACCUUUUAAAAAAACAAAAAAACAAAAAAAAAAGCUUACAUGCCUUAAGAGGAAACAAAGCCUGGACUAAGAUCCUGCACAAUUCACCUCUUGUUAUUACAAACAAAGCCGUUGGAUGUAGUCCAUUUAGUUGCACAGUAGUAGUUGAUUUUGCAUUGUCUUAAAUGAUAAUGGCGUAGAUAUGGGAAAUUGUUGUCUUUUUUUCUUUUAAUUGUCUUUUUGUUUUUGGGUCAUUUUGGAGGACUUAUAGCCGGUCAGACAGCGAGCAUGAGUGAUGACGGAAAAAUUGACUUUGCACAUUUUAGCAAAAGCAAUGGUUAUGUUUCAACAGUGUACACGUUGGCUUCAUAGAUCUGAGCAAGCUGAUCCGUAGAAACACACACAUUCUUAUCAGUCCUCGCCAUGGGAAGGUUAUCAUGAGCUGGACAUUUGGCGGUUGUCUUAAAUGUUUAAAAUGAUUGGAAACUAAUUAGUAUUUGUUGUCCUUUUUGAUGUCUCUUUCAGAAGGAUAAAUGUUUUUUUUUUUGUGUCCUUGGUGAGAAAGUUGUCUAUUCAAUAUUUUAAUAAAAUUAAGUUAAUUUCCUUUGCCAAA